AUGGAAUCAGCCUAUCAGAGAGUCUACGAUUAUUUCAAUGGUGACCCGUUGCUUAUCUAUGUGAUAGGAGGUACCGUAAUCGUCAAUAUCAAUUUCUGGCUAUUCAACCUAUUCUUUAUUCUAAUUGAUAUGAUUGACCCAAAUUGGGUGCAACCAUACAAGAUUCAAGAUGAGAAGAAGCCUCCGUUAUCCAAAUAUCUGGGAGCAUUCAAAGUGAUCCUAACUAAUCAAUUCAUAUCAGGACCAUUGAUUACUAUCUUUUGGUAUUUCCCAGCGGUUUGGUUCGGUGCCAGGUUCACUGGGCCUAUGCCAUCCGGUCUGGAAAUCCUUCGAGAUAUCUUCGUGUCAGUUUUAUGCGAAGAGAUUGGAUUCUACUAUACCCAUAGACUAUUCCAUCAUCCAAGAAUCUACAAAUAUGUUCAUAAGAAGCACCACGAGUGGACUGCUCCAGUGUCGAUCACGAGCAUCUACUGUCACCCAUUGGAACAUGCCAUCUCUAACUUGAGUCCGGUUCUUUUAGGACCAACUAUUUGCGGAAGCCACGUGGUAACACUUUGGAUUUGGGCGUCUCUUGCUAUUCUAUCAACUACUUGCUCUCAUUCAGGCUAUCAUUUCCCAUUCAUGCUGUCACCGGAACCACAUGACUACCAUCAUAAAGUAUUCAAUGAGUGUUUCGGAACUGGACUCCUCGAUCGAAUCCAUGGAACUGACACUACUUUCCGAAAGUCAGUGGAAGGAAAACGGAAUUACAUGAGCUGGAGUUUCCAACCAAUCAAGCAGAUUCAUCCGGAUGAGAGAAAAGAGGAAUGA